AUGUUUCAUAUGUUCUCAAUUACAGUUGGAGGACUUCUGAACGCCACAUGUGGGAAUAUUACUGAGCUCGUAAUAGCAAUAUUUGCCCUUAGCUCUAACAAAGUUGCUGUGGUCAAGUAUUCUCUGUUGGGUUCUAUUCUUUCAAACCUUCUUCUGGUUCUUGGGACCUCUCUAUUAUGUGGUGGCAUUGCUAACCUUGGAGUGGAACAAAAAUAUGAUAGAAGACAAGGAGAUGUGAACUCACUCAUGCUGUUGUUGGGAUUAUUGUGCUACUUACUUCCAGUGCUGUACAAAUAUAGCGCCGCCUCAGCUGCUCUCACUGUUGAUCCUUCACUCCACUUGUCAAGAGCUUCUAGCAUUGUCAUGCUGAUUGCAUAUGUUGUUUACAUUAUCUUUCAACUGUGGACACACAGGCAGUUAUUUGAAGCUGAAGAUGAGGAUACAGAUGAGAACAAUGGUUCAGAUGAACAACCUGUCAUUGGACUGUGGAGUGCCAUUGCUUGGCUGAUUGGGAUGACUGUAUUCAUUGCUUUGUUGUCUGAAUAUGUGGUGGAUACAAUUGAGGAUGCAUCCGAUUCAUGGGGUUUGUCUGUGAGCUUCCUCAGCUUAAUCUUGCUACCAAUAGUUGGAAAUGCAGCUGAACAUGCUGGAGCAAUCAUAUUUGCUUUCAAGAACAAGCUGGACAUCUCAUUGGGUGUUGCAUUGGGUUCAGCAACUCAGAUUGCCAUGUUUGUGGUCCCUUUAUGUGUGAUCGUUGCUUGGAUAAUGGGUAUCAAAAUGGAUUUGAACUUCAACCUCUUAGAGACUGGUUCCGUUGCUUUGGCAGUAAUAGUCACAAGCUUCACUUUACAGGAUGGUACUUCUCACUACAUGAAAGGCCUUGUUCUCCUGUUGUGCUACAUAGUUAUUGGGGCUUGCUUCUUCGUACAAAGAACACCCUUUAACCAAGCUGAUGUUACAAACGUCAUGCUUAAACCAGACACUAAUGCAGUUUUCAGCGCCUAG